AUGGCGGACCAAGUUUCUUUCCUUGAGCCAUUGAAGACGCUCCACGAGAAUCGCUCCUCGGAUGUUUUCGUUCAGGCUUUCGUCGUGGAGAUACCUGCAAAAUUGACGAGUAAAGCACUGAGUAUUGUCAAACCCAUCAUCCCUUCAGGUGGAAAGAACCCGUCUUUCAGCCAUCUACGCCGCCUCUGCACCUUGCAACACUUGCCGUUGGAUUUGACAUGGCGUCGUGACUAUGAUUCCAAUGGUCUUCAGACCAUCUUCCUCCUUUUACCCAACACAGUCGUCACAUGGGAGUUGAUCAAAGCCACACUCCAACCACACAUUGAAGUUGAAGGCUUACCACGUUGCUUUGAUGCUGUUGUUCCUCGCUUCGCUCCUCUCAAUGCUGAACAAGCCGUACUCUGGACUGAGCGGUAUUGGCCUACAAUCUACAAUCCUGCGGCACAAGUGCUUCAAGAUGCCCCACCCAUGAAUCAGUUACGUCGUGUUCGGACAGCCCUUGAAGUACCCAACACCGACAAGUAUAUGAUGUUAGCAAUCACUGCCGCUGAACAAGCCAAGGCUGGUGGCUACGGAAGAGCCGUUGGCGCAGUUGUGGUCGACCCGGAAACAGGAAGUGUUGUGGCUGUCGCAGGAGACGCACGUCUUUGGUCCCCUGACUCUACGACUCGUGAGUCGUUGAGGACUCUAGGCUGCGAAGGAAGACCAGAGUAUCAUGCUCUCAUGCGUGCCAUUGCCAUGGUUGCCAAUAAGGAGUUGCGAAGACGCAUCAAAGCAGGAACCCACAACAAAUUUCUUGCCACUUGUUCAGAGACUCCAUCUGGUCAAGUUCUGACGGCGAUCGAAUCUCAGUACGAGGAUGACGACAGAGUCUUGGCAGACUUGACGGCUGCUGUGAACAACGUCAAAGUCACGGCCACAGAAUCCACCGAACCGGCACCAGAGUCUUCGUCCAAGCAAACAAGACCUCAGAAUGAGGGAUAUCUCUGCAGCGGGCUUGAUCUCUACCUCACUCACGAGCCAUGCGUGUGCUGUGGUAUGGCAAUGAUCCAUUCCAGAUUCCGAGCCUGUGUGCUUGGCCGGAGAAUGAUUGGAAGUGGUAGUCUUACUUCUGAGGCUGGUGAGAAGAAGCUUGCAUAUGGUCUUUUCUGGCGACGAGAGCUGAACUGGCGGGUCAUGACAUUCCAACACACUGAAGCAUCGAAGCUAAGCGGAGAAGGUCGAAUUGACACUGGAAUAUUCCAUGCUUAG